AGGAGACUGUCAGACGAGCUUUUUGUCAACAAGACUCAUUCCAAAUUUUCUGGCUGGAGGAUCUGAAGAACAUCGAGGCCUCCAUCAUGUCCAGCGGUGAGCGGCUGCUGCAGCUGAUCUCCAGCUGGAUGGAGCAGCAGCAGCUCUGUGCCGAGCAGCUGAGGAAGCUAGCCAGGCAGCUGGAGGCCCUCAGACAGAAACACAUCCAAAGAGCGUUUGUUAGCGUCCUGAAGACGGCGCUGGUAGGUGGAAGUCUGAUCGUGCUCUUUGCGUUGACUGUGGUGACCCUCGGAGCAGCUUUUCCACUGUUAAAUGUGACGGCAGAAGUAUGCACAAAGAAAAAGAAGCUGAAACCCACUGAGCUCUUCUUAAAAGAGCAGCAGAAUGUAGAGAAGAGGAGCGCUGACAUUACAGAAGAGAUCCAGACACUGUUUGAGAAGCUGAAGACCAAAGCCGAGGCGACUGGUUCCUGUUCAGAACCCGACCAGGUCGACCGAUAUGUCAUGACCAAGGUCCUGACAGCACUGGCCAGACAAAGUGGACUGAAGGGUCAAGUCAGCACCAGCUUCUGCCACGGACAGCCACAAAUCUUCAUGAAAUCCAUGGCGCUCAUCGACAGCCCUGCAGUGAUGGCUGCAGUCGCUGGGAUUUUAUCAUUCUUCACCCUUCAAGUUAGUGGAGAGAAAUUUAAACCAUCAUUUGAUGAAGGACUUCAGCAACUCAUCGAACAAAUGUCCAUAAGCGGAUGUAAUGCCGAGCUGGUGGUCGGGGCGACUGGAACAGCGCGUAUACUUCAACAAGCAACUGACACCUGGACAGGUAUGAUCAAGAAGAAUCAUGUGACCGAAGCCUGCCAAAUACUGAGAGACACAGCCGACACAAUGCAAAGGAUCACCAGUACGCUGCGGCAACAGUUCGAUGACAUCAAGAGGAUGUUGGACCAGUCGGCCAGACAACAGCAAGAACUUGGCAGAUUGGAAAACGAGUCAAAGUUCGACAGACCAUGUAACCAUAAGAUAUUGAACAAGAACACGAAGACUGGAAACCAGGAAGUUGUUUUUAUUAUGACUAUGCAGUCAAACUACUCAGCUUAUAUUUCACAUGGAAAAAAGACUGUUUGUGCUGAAAAUCAGACUUAUCAGACUGUUCGAUGUGAGCAGAGCAGCAGCCAGACGAACCAGCAAUGUGGCCGAAAUGAAGAGACUGGAGGUGAACAAACAGGAGGAAGCGAUCCAGGAGAGACUGGAGGCGAACAACUGGGAGGAGGUGAUGCAGGCAGUCAGAAGAGCGACAGUGACAAUGAUGACAAGGAUCCAGAUUACGAGAACAACAGUGACAGUUCAUAUGAAAGCAGCGACAGUUGGUAUAAAAGAAGGAAAAGUACACAUAGAGGGAGGAAAAGUAUAUCUGAAGGCAACGAAGACACUGAAAGCAACAAUCAGAAUAUCGUCUCAAAACUUUCAUCAGCGGUGGGAGCGAUGGGGCUGCUCAAUGCUCACUCCAUUAAGAACAAAAUAUCCGAAAUCUCUGCGUUUAUACAUGAGUACAAGCUGAAGAUUUUGUGCCUAACAGAGACAUGGUUACGUCCGGACACCGGAGACCAACUCUUAAAGGAAGCUCUCCCAGACAACUUCAAGUUCUGCCACGAGAUGAGGAAUAACGUCAGGGAGACAUCACAAAAAGGAGGGGGAGUCGCUGUCGCGUAUUCAGGGAACCUGCAGGAAACACGGGUUAAAUUUGAAAAGAAAACAUCCUCAAACUCCCUUGAGCCCUUCAACACCUUUGAGUACGUGGCCACAAAUCUGAAACAUGAUGACUGGAACCAACCCAUACGAGUCAUCAAUGUGUACCGCCCACCGAACCAAAGAAACAAACCCAGAGGCAAAUGCAAAGUAGACGAAUUCCUGGAGGAGUUUCAGACGCUCCUGGACGAGGUUCCCAAAGACGACAGCACUCUCAUAACCGGAGAUUUCAACAUCCAUGUAAACAACAAUCCAAAGAAGUUUAAAAAAUUCUUAGAGAAAAAUAACCUUCAUCAGCAUGUAAAUGAACCAACGUACCCCAGGUCAGGUAACACUCUGGAUCUGGUCAUCAGCAGAAACGUCGACGUCUCCAAUCUCAGUCACCAUUCACAGCGUCUAUAGGAAUCCCUGUUUGAUGGUUCUCUGAGAGGAGUUCUGCAGAGAACCAACAGGCCUCCUUUGGUCGACAGAAAAUAUCCAAAACCACAAGAGGACAAACUCCAUGACCAUCAGCUGAACUAAAUCAUUGUGUUCAACAGUGCAGCAUCUGCACCGUAAGAAAUCAUGUUUUUGUUUUUUGUUUUAACAAUUUACUGUUGUUUUAUAGAUUUUCACAGUUUUGUUAAGUUACAGAUAUCUAGACUAAUCACAUAAUGAAACUAUGAAUUUAAUGUUUAGAAUGACUUACAGUAAUGUCCAAAAUGACUUUUGUUUUACGUUUGAUUUACAUGGUGACUGUAAAAAGAAAACUAUAAUUUAUGUCCACAACAAACAUCUGUAUUUGUGCUAACUGCAAUUUGACAACAUUUACCUAUAAACUUACACUAACUGUAUUCAAAUUAGCUAAAAAAUAUUAUAAUUUUGCAGAUAUUUAGUGUUAUUUCAAAAAAAAAAAAGUAUUUUUAUAACUAAAAAAGAUAAAUAUUUUUAUAACUGUCAUUUAACAGAUUUUUAUUUUACUUCAAGUGCAGACAGUCACUAGAAAAGUGUCUGAAUACUCUGAGCCUUUAAUGAUGUUAUGAACCGCAGAUGGUGAAGUUUGGAAACAUUAUUCUGAAGGUUUCGUCACAGAGCCGUGACUCUUCUCCGUCUUUUAAUCAGGUUAACUGCCGGUUAGCCUGAUUACUUGUCACAUUACUACAGUGUUAAGCAACUUCUCCAGUUGUUUCUUGCUACUGUUACUUUACUGAAAAAUGUUGUUGCACUUCUCAAACAAUCAAAUGUAACAUUUAGACUUUUUUUCAGCUAAGAUGGAGGCUGUACAUGCAGGUCAUUGCAUUCUGCUCAUCCCAGCUGGUUUAGGAACAGAGCUGAAAUUCUCAAGCGGAAACUUCAGGACAUAUUGUACCACCUUUAAAGCUGAGUUUCUGCAUGUGGCAUGACGCUGGAAACCACAGUCAUGAUAAACAACAGCAGGACAGUAGAUAAGGCGAGAAAAGGGAAAUGUAAAGAUUGCGUAACAUGAUAACCUGCAACUGAACUUCUGCUUUUGUGGCUCGCUGCAUGGAGCACAAGUGAUGCACGUGGCAUGAUGCUGGAAAACACAGUCGUGACAAGCAGCAGCAGGACAGUAGAUAAGCAGCUGUUGAGGAGGCGUGGCCAAAGAAGUUCAUAAACUCCACCGAGCGCAGAGAUCUGAGCUUCUUCUGCUCAACCUGCAGACGACAUAUCCAGCAACAAACCAACCAGCCGACCAGCCGACCAACCGGCAGAGCUCCUUGUUUCUCCAUCUUCAGGUCAUGGCGUCCGCCGGUUCGCUGUUCCUGCUCUUGAUGUCAUCCUCCCUCCUCAUCUCUACCGUCUCCCGGCCGCCAGCCCGGAACCAGCUGUCCAGAGAUUCUUCACAGAAAAUCAACAAACCCAAAGAAGGUGUUAAAGCAGUGGGCAAGUUCAUCCUUAACAGCAUUAAUGAGCUCAGGUUCACACUGGUCCCCUUUCUGGGGUUGAUUCCAGGUUGGGGCCCACUGAUCAGUGCCGUGACCACCGCGACACUGGUGGGAGUGUCGGUAGUAAACAACAACGUCAAUAACAAGCCAAUACUUAGUGCCAUCAUAUCUGAAUUAGACAUCCUCAAAUCCAAGAUGGAAGAGUAUCACGUAGAGACUAAAUGGGACAACUGGGCGGCCGGAGCUUACCACAAACCUGAGUUGAAAAUAACCCAGGCCUGGGACAAUUUCUUAACGCUGGCACGUGCUCUGCUGCUGGCAAGAGAUGGCAGUGAAAGGAAGAGACAAGUCGAUGAGUUUAUCAACAACUACUCAAAGACCCUGGACGCCACUGGCAAAUUACGCACACUGCUGACAGCUAAAGGGACGACCUUCAUUUAUAACCUGGGAGACAUGCUGGCUGAACAUGUUAAAUGUCAUGACAGGGAGAUCCGAGAAUACACUGUGUUCAUUAAUCAACUUAUCUGCAAGGGCAACACCAUGAAUCAGUUCUACUACAAACAAAAGCGAUUAGACAAUCCUGCUUUGAUUGAAAAAGCAGCUGAGACCGCAUACGACGCAGCUAAUGUCAUGUUCAAGGUCCAGAGGGCCUGCAUGGAAAACAGUGAGGGGUAUGUUAGAAAGGACAUCGAAGCACUCAUUGACAACACCACAACCAAAAACCGUCAAGACCUGGCAAACGAAGUGCUAGCUUUUCUGGAGAAAACCUACGACAGGUUCGACUGGAUGGUUGUCGCAUACAUCACCAAAAAUUCAGGGCAUAAAAUACUUGAAACCCGGAACAAACACACCUUGACCGAUUUCUAUAUUUAUGUUGACAGAAAAGGCGUUAGCGUAGCUGUAGCCAGACAGGUGAAGGGCAAACAUACCAUGUUUAACCAAGUCUCAGAUGCCAUUAGGAGGUGCUUUCCAAAGCCACCUGUCUGCUAUCAAGUGGCAGACAAACUCAGUAAGUGUAGACAAUAUGUGGAGUCAAAUAUUCCAGUGUCUGAGACUUACACAGUAGUUCACGCCUACAAAGGAGAACCUCACGACAGCUUUAACGGCAAAAUAGAAUCUGACUUCGUCUACAUCAAUACCAGAUACCCAGCCAAGACUCCAUACAUUUAUGAAGGGAACUGCAAGAAAUCUAUAGGUGUGCGAGGUGGCAAGUUCACUGUUCUGGUUAAAAGUGACGAAGAAAUACGCAACAAAAAUCCUUGUGCCAAGCUCUACUGUGGAGGCAACCAAAGAGGCCGCUGUGAGCUGGUGAAGGGCACUAAAAUGGGAAUCUGUCACUGUAACAUGCCAUACUACGGCCAACACUGUGAGAGCAGCUUAGAAGAUUACAAGAGAUACUUACAAGAGACAUGGCUACAAGUGGUGGAUAACAGGAGACGGCAUAUGCCUCGAGUCUGAUGCAGUCAGGUGUCUUAAGGCCCUUUUCCACUGCAGAAACCUCUUUUAGAGUGCCAAAACCCUUUGUCACUGCAGGAAUUUUCUCUUUUAAACCUGUUUCAGGGCCUUAUAUGAACCUUUAUGAAUUGCCCUUUUAGAGCCUCUGUCAGGCUCGUUUUAGGUUGGACGGAACAUUUGUUCUGACUGCCCGAUCCCUAUAUCCCUGCAUGUAUCCCUAUAGAGUCUGAUCACAAGAUCCACCCUUUUACAUUCUUAUUUAGGCUUGUUUUAGGGUGGCUCCUAAAAUGAGCCAUUCAGAACCUUUCUGAACCUUUCAACCACCCAUGUAGAACCUUUUUCAGGACUGUUUUCGGGGAGGGAAAGUACCUCUUGCAGGGUACCCAACAAACCUCCAUUGUUUUGUUUCCUUCAUAGAACUGGAGUUCUGUCCAGCAGCUAUUGAUUGUUCUGGUCAGUAACAUGAAGCAUUGAUCCGACAGAGGAAACAGAGACAAGAACAAUUCCUCACAACUAAAACAAGUUCCUGCAGUGGAAAAUUCGGAGGUCUCCGGGCACCUUUUUUUGUUUUAGCUUAACAUUAAUAUUUCUGCAACUGAUGAUGUAUAAACUUAAGAACAACAGCAGUAGAAUACAGUUUGUAAUGUCCAGGUCCAUGUAAGGACGACGUAGAGAUGACCUGAGUCCAUCAGAAAUAAACACACCUACACCAUGUGCACACCAGUAGUAGAUCAAAAGAAAAUUAAUCAGCAAUUAUUUUAGCAAUCGUUAAUCAUUUGAGCCUGAUAUUAGGUUUUGGGACUGUUGCUUGACAACAUAAGACAUGAUGAGGCCACUUUGGACUCCAGCAAACCAACAUCUUUUUCCGUUUUUUGAUGUUUUACAUAUCAAACAAAUAAUCACUUAACUGAAAACUAUUAAUCAUGAUUACAUAUUAAAGACUAUAUUUAGCUGAAAAUAUUACUUGUUCAAAGCUGAAACAAAACUGAUGAAUUAAUUUGGGUAAAACAGAGUGAAACUGCUACAACUAGUCAUUUCACUGAUUAGUGGACAAACAGAAAAUCAUUCAGUAACUAUUUUAUUCAUCUUUAAUCACUUGUGCCAAAACCUGACAGUUUUCAAAUCUGUGGAUUUGCUGAUCAUGCCUGUCAAAUAUUAUAGUCGAUAUAGAUUUACUUCACCUCAGACUCCAGCAAACUCACAUCUGUCACAGUUUUUGGAUAUUUCACAGACCAAACAAAUAAUCAGUUAAUCAGAAAAGAUUAAUCAAUCCUGUUUAGGUAUUUGUGGGCCCAUAUUCUGCACAUUUACAGCUUUAUAACUGUAUUUUGGGGUUUUAGACUAGAAUAUGUUUACCCCCUGUAAUGGUCAAAAACACAUGCUUGUUCUCAAGAUCUCUGCAGCAGAAUGUGGGCUCUUAAAAUCACGUGUUCAAUUUGUAUCACAGAAAAUUUGGACAUAUAAGCAGCAGCAUCGUCUGCAUACAGACGAAUGAAGUUAAUGCAUCAUCAGUUAUAAGGUGGAGCUGAGCUGUAACGCAAACUGCAAAGCAACAGAGCCUUUGUCCUGAGACAGGAGGGAUUAUUUUCUUUGCAUUUAAAAACUUAAUGCACUUGUGUGGGAAAUUUCUCCUGAGAAAGAAACUCAGAGUUAAUUCAAGGACAUGACGUGGACCCAUCUGUUUCUAAAAUCUGUGGAUGUAAAAUCAGAAUGAUGUGAUUUCUGUAAAUGUUGACAUGCUGAUCUCCUCCUGCCUCACCGUGAUCCAAUUGGACAGAGUUUAAACCAGCAACGAGCUUUUCCUGCUUCCAGCUUCUGUCCUGUAGUAAUAAGAAGUAAUAAAACUUCACUUUCACUGCCA